CUUCGGAGGGAAGGCAUUUAUAUGGAGGAGGCUUGGGGGAAGUCUCCUGCAGAAGGUAGAACUCUCCGCUGAAAGUUAAAGGGAAGCCAGGAGUCAGGGACAGAUAGAUGAGUGAGAGAGCUGCGAGCAAGAGUAUAGACGCCCUUGCACCAGGAGCAAGGAGGAAGUGGGCUGCUUAGGAAGGACUUAAACUUAAGUCCCAAACCCGGGAGGGUUUUUCCUUCCACUUGUGGAGUUUCCUGGUUGCCUUCCAGAAUACCGGGCGCAGAACUAUCCAGGCUUAGGGGAUGCCGGUUUGACAAGUGUCACGAUGGAUCUUGUACUGAAUGUUGCAGAUUAUUAUUUUUUCACGCCAUAUGUAUAUCCAAGUACAUGGCCAGAGAAUGAAAUCAUCCGACAAUCUAUCAGUCUUCUAGUUGUAACAAAUCUUGGUGCUUACAUUUUAUAUUUCUUUUUUGCAACUCUGAGCUAUUAUUUUAUCUUUGAUCACUCAUUGAAGAAACAUCCACUUUUUUUAGAGAACCAAGUAUGUCGAGAGAUUAAGUAUACUGUCCAAGCACUGCCAUGGAUAAGUAUUCCCACAGUUUUAUUGUUUCUGGCAGAGGUCAGAGGUUACAGCAAACUGUAUGACAACAUAGAAGAUUCAGCAUAUGGUUGGCUUGGAGUCAUUUUUAGUAUGGUGUCCUUCCUCUUCUUUACGGAUAUGGGUAUCUACUGGAUUCAUCGGGGCCUUCAUCAUAAACUUGUAUAUAAGUUUUUACAUAAGCCUCAUCACGUUUGGAAGAUUACUACUCCAUUUGCAAGUCAUGCUUUUCACCCAAUGGAUGGCUUCCUUCAGAGUCUGCCUUAUCAUAUAUACCCUUUCAUCUUUCCAUUACACAAAGUGGUUUAUUUAGGCCUGUACAUCUUUGUGAAUGUCUGGACAAUUUCCAUUCAUGAUGGUGACUUCCGAGUUCCAAAAUGCUUAGAAGCAGUUAUUAAUGGCUCAGCCCAUCACACAGAUCACCACCUGUACUUUGAUUAUAACUAUGGCCAAUAUUUCACAUUGUGGGAUAGAAUUGGAGGCUCUUUUAAGUAUCCUUCUGCUUUUGAAGGCAAGGGACCACUAAAUUAUUUGAAGACAAUAACUGAAGAAAAAUUAAAUGGCCAUGCAGGAAAUGGUUGCAAGAAUGAACAGUUUUUCAGUGGAGAGAGUUUAAAGACUAAGUAGAUUGUUGCCCAAUCACUGCUAAAUAGCAACAUCUGGUAAAGAAAAACCUAUUCAACAAGCAGCCAAGGGAUAUCAUCAAGUUGAACUCUUCUGUCAUUUAAGAGUUUGUACUUUCAGUGCAACUGUGAUAUAUAUGAUCAUGGUGAUGGAUUCCAGCAGGAUGUUGUGAACACCAAAACAUGGACUCCACAGUUCCAACACUAGAUAUUGGACUAAGGUUUCUCUUAACUAUCUGUUUCCUGCUGGAAAAGCUGUGGUAUGAUCAUAGGGCCUCAAAAAAUGUACAGAAAGAAAAUGAUAAAGGGUAGCAGGGUUGAUUGUAUAUAAUGUACCUUAUGCUGCUGUUCAAUGAGGAAGACUAAUUUUGUUUAAAAACAAAAUUUAGUAUCAUAACAAAGCUUUUAAUCUAAAGGAGGAAAGCCUUAUUGUGGCAAUAUUAAUUGGUCUAUCAAAAAAUGGGGUGAUUACAUGCAGUGUCUUUGUGAAGUUACAUAUUCUGGUAUUUAAAAUUGGCAACUAAAUAAUGUAAGCUAAUUAAUAGCCAGUGUAACAAGAUUUGUCAUCCUCCCAUACCAAGGAAAUUCAUUUUGGAGGAUAGUGCCAUAAGUAAAGUUAAUAGGACUCUGUCUUUUACAGUGAAGUGAAUAAACAGAAUUUUUUUUUUUCCUAAAUUGAAACUACCCAGAUUUUAUUUAUAUGACUCAUCCAGGCUUAAGAUGACAUAAAUAAAACUUUCAGGUGUUUUUAAAAAUUUAAAACAAUAAUCAUUUUGAUUUAAUGCUUGAAUCUGAAUGUACUAUAAAAAAGUGAAAUUUGUUAUCCGAAUAUAUAUUUGACAGUACUAAUUUUAUAUUAAAUUGAUGCACUGCACUUUUGAUAUGUGUCAAAGCUACAUACCUGCAAUUUUCUAUAAAAUGGACAAAAAUUCUAAAUAAAUAGCCAAUGUGGAAGAUUGAUUUUGCAAUUAAGCCAUUCCCCCAAAAAAGUUUUAGGUGAAUACUGUGCAUGGUAAAAUAAAUAUGGUUUGCAAAAACAUUCUAUGCAACUAUUUGUAUAAAUGUCAAUAAAAAUUAUACAUUGUCAUCAAACUCAUCUAAUUAAAUUUUCUCACAACAUCAAGGACUUAGGAGUUCUGUGGUUUUUGUGUAAAUUUGAAGAAUAAGCAGCAUGAAAUGUUAAAGAUGUGCACAGAUGCCAAAUGUUUAAAAUGCAUAGGCAUUCAAUUUUGAUUGUAUUUUUUUCAAUGUUUACUUAGCUAUUAUUUGAGCAGCAGAAUUUGGGAUAAAUCAUAAAAUUUUGUGCUUGGUUAGAGAAGCUUUGUUUUGUUUUAAUC